AUGUCUUCACUAAAUGCUGAAGUUUUACGUAGUAUAACUACAAAAACUGGUGUACCUAUAGUGUUAAAAAGUUUCAUAAAUAAAUGGAGAAUUUGCCAGUGGAAUGUUGAAAAAUGGUGUUCAAUAUUCGGUGACAAAGAAAUGCCGUUUCGGUGUCUGAAAAGGGACUUGGUGUCUGAUGAGCCAUGCUGGGAACGCAAAUGCAAAGUGAUGCCGAUGACUUUCAAAAGUUUUGUUGAUAGUUUAGAUACAAGUGAUGAGUGGAUGUACUUUGACUAUAAGUAUCUUCACCAGUGGUUUAGCGCAGACUCUGAGCUCUACAAGGAGGUAUCAUGGAAAGAAUUUGGAUAUCCUGAAAAAGGUGCAACUGAUACUACUUUAUGGGUUGGCAGCAAGGGUUCCCAUACACCAGCUCAUCAGGAUACCUAUGGCUUCAAUAUUGUAAUGCAGGUCCAUGGAAAGAAGCGGUGGAUUCUGUUCCCUCCAGAGACUGGUGGAUUGAAACCAACAAGAGUACCAUAUGAGGAGUCAAGUGUCUACAGUGAACUAAACUUUUACUGUCCACAUAAUUUAGAAGCUUUUAACGGCUUGGCUGGUGCUCGUAUGGUGGAGUUAGCAGCCGGUGAUGCACUGUUGGUGCCUUGGGGAUGGUGGCAUUAUGUCCAAAAUAUUGACUCCCUCAACAUAAGUCUGAAUAUGUGGCUGCCCCAUGAAAAAGAUUCUACAACGCGUGUGUCAGAAGCUUUGAUUAAAAUAUUGGUGGCACAAAUAUGUAAAGAUUUGCCACAGGAUACGGCCAAAUUGCUCGUAAAUCCUAACGAAGAUGACAUUUCUGACACACCUUUGGCAGUUUUAUUUUUGCAAUUGGAGACAGUGGCAAAUAUAUAUUUAGAUAACAGGCGUAAAGCGCGACGGGUGAAACGCCAAAAAACUUGCGAAGACUCUUCUGCUACAGCCCCCGAAGAGUAUGACCUCAAAGCGUUGCUAGAAGAUAAAAUGAAUAACAUGGAAGUGGUGCAAAGCAUAUCAAGUGUGGAUCUAGUUAAUGUGAUUAAGCAAAACCUUAAGGAGUAUGCAAACACUGAUGCUCCAUUAGAUGAGGACGAUGUUGAUGGAUCCACUAGCACUCUUUGUUUGACCAAGGCUGUUAUAGACGCUUUUAGUCAAAAUAAUGUGAUAGAACUAGUGAAACAAAAUCUGUUCACAAAACUAAGCCAAUCUUAUUAG